CACACCGCCGCGAGCCAAUAAAGCGUGAACCCGUCCGUCCGGCUCGCACUUUAAGACUUCCCGAGCGGCCGCGGGGGACGCCAGUCAAGCCAGGAGACGCUUACCUGCCGCUUACCCCUCGUCCGGUGCACCUGGCUGCAGGGAACCUCUUUCCGUGGAGUUGGAUACGCGCGCGCGGAGUCCUGGGCACGGUCUCUUAGUGGAACGCGGGGGCGCUUUGGCGACUCGUGCCCUGACGUGCCCCCUCCCCUUGGCCGUCUCCAGCCGGGCUCGGGAAACGCGGGACGACGCCAGCUCUGCUUACGGAAGCGGACGGUGCCGGGCGAUCGGGGUUCGAAAAUGCCUCGCGCUUUUCUGGUGAAGAAGCCGUGCGUCUCCACGUGCAAGAGGAACUGGAGCGAGCUCCCAGAUGAGGAGCGCGGCGAGAUCUACGUUCCAGUCAGCCUGGGCUUCUGCUCGGCACAGCCCUACCUGGAACCGGAGCCCUCGGUGGCUGAGCCCCCUUCUUGCCCCAUGGCUUUGGACAUGAGCAUGCGGGACUCCGCCGGCUACAGUGUGGCUCCUGGACCCUGCGUGGUGGCCCAGCUGCCCUCUGAAGACACGGGCCGCUUGGCAGACGCCCAGAGCAGAGACCACGGUUUCUUGCGCACCAAGAUGAAGGUGACUCUGGGGGACAGUCCCAGUGGGGACCUCUUCACCUGCCACAUCUGCCAGAAGACCUUCACCUACCAGCGCAUGCUGAACCGCCACAUGAAGUGUCACAACGACGUCAAGAGGCACCUCUGCACCUACUGUGGGAAGGGCUUCAAUGAUACCUUCGACCUGAAGAGACACGUCCGCACCCACACUGGCGUGCGGCCCUACAAAUGCAGCCUGUGCGACAAGGCCUUCACGCAGCGCUGCUCGCUGGAGUCUCAUCUCAAGAAGAUCCACGGCGUGCAGCAGAAGUACGCGUACAAGGAGCGGCGGGCCAAGCUGUACGUGUGCGAGGAGUGCGGCUGCACGUCCGAGAGCCAGGAGGGCCACAUCCUGCACCUGAAGGAGCACCACCCCGACAGCCCGCUGCUGCGCAAGACCUCCAAGAAGGUGGCCGUGGCGCUGCAGAACACCGUCACCUCCCUGCUGCAGAGCAACCACCACCUCUGAGCGGCCCGCCCUGGCCUCACCGCCCUGCUGCCUGGCCGGCCAGCCGGCCGGCCGCCCUCCUGCGGCCCCUUGCUGGAACACGGUGACCAGGACUGGAGCCCCCCGGCUGACGUGCCCCCUCGCGCCCGAACUCGCCUCUGCUCGUGUUCACAUGUGUGUGUUACGGGCAGAGGCCGAUCCGAGCCCGGGCAGAUGUGUGUAAGUCUGGGGCAAGGGGCAGGCUGGGACUUCCGUCCCAGAGGAGGUACGGCAGGGCGGCCCUGUGACCUUGCCCCUCUGGAACACAGCGGGGGUGCUGCUGGCCCCUCUCGGACGGCAGAGACAGGAUCGCUGGCCAAACGCGCUCUGAACUACGGGCGGCAGCGGUGGAGCAGGUGCCGACACGCUUGCCGGUGGUCCUGACGCCCGGGGCCCCCGGGGUUCGGCCCUCCGCCGGGAUGCGCACGGGGGCGUGGCUUUGAGCUGUGCACAUGCGCACAGAGGAGGUCUUGCCACACAUCACCUCAUUUUUUAAAAUCAGCGACAAGGUGCCAAGGAAAUUUGAUUUCCUUUUUUUUUUAAUGGCAAAUGUACAGAUAUUAAUAUAUUUUGGGGCCGACGAUGACUAUUUUUAAGUGAGAAUGGAGCUGGCUUAUCUCCCUCCCCAUGAGGUCCUAUUUUAUCCAAGACUCGUCCCCUGGGCCUCGGCCCUGGGGCGGCUGCCCCGCCCCACCGCAUGGUACUGCCUGGGGCGUUCACCUGGGUCCUUCCUCCGGCCCUGCCUGGGGGACGUACCACGCUGGCAGGAGGGGCCGUCCCCUGCUUCCAGGACAGCCUAUCACGUCUGCUCGUCCCUCCCACGCCGUCCCUAGCCGCGCCUGCAGGACCGAGGGCCUCCUCGUCUCCCGAGGACAGACCUUGCGUGGAACAGCUCACCGUUCUGGAGGUCGAGGCCUUGCCCAGCUAGAGCGUGAGGGGUGGACCGCAUCUCCGAGAUGGCUGGCGGCGCAGAGGAGAGGGGGGGCCAGGCAGCCGGGUCCUCUCUUUGCCUGGUUGAGUAAGAAACACUUCUAGGACAACGGCCAACAAACUGGACAGAAUGACAACCAGACACAUUAGAAACCUGGCGCGGGAGGGCAGUAUUAGAUGGCUAAUAAGUUAUAUCCGUCACUUUCUUUCUGACAGUAAAUAAGUUAUAUUUGCAGCUUCUUUUCUGUUUUUUGGAAUCGCGAGUCUGGCUCUCCAGCCCCUAAGGGGAGAGCUGGCAUUUCUGGGUUGGCUCUGCCUGAGGGACUGGCCAGGCCCCCCUGGCUUGGCUGGGUUUCCUGCUGAUAACAGAAAAGGGGGGUGGGCCCAAGGGGAGAGCCAGGUUGGGGAGGGGGCCGGCCUGCUGGGCCGCCCCCGAAGCCAAAGCCCAGGAGGCACGAGCCCAGGCCCGGGAGAGCCGCAGUGGCACGGUGCCCCGCCCCGCCGAGGGCCAGGGGCCUCGCCUGUUCUCUCCGAAUGGAAGACUCUUGCUUUGCUUCACUUUAGAGCGUGUGGGAGCUGCCGUAUUCUGGGAGUUCUCUAGGGUAAAACACCACGACCUGGAAGCUGCUUGUUUACAUGUCUGCACCCCUGUGUUCGUUGCCAACCGGAGGGCGUCACAAGGCUCUGUGUUAUCUAUUUUAUUUUGUAACUUGCUCCCCAGCUAUUAAAAUCAAAGAAACUUU